UUUUAAAUCAAACGAAAACCGAGUGGCGGGGGCGAACCCUCUCGCUCUGCUCGCGCUGUGCUUCUCUCUGUUGGAGGCGGUUCGAGUUUAAACAGGGCGUAUCCUCUCAGUACAGAGCAGGAAACAUGUUGGUGUGGGUAAGCGGUCCCUCCUUUGGUUGAGUUUGUCCAGAGUUUGGUUCCGAGAAUACGUCCAACCGUCGCAUCCCCGCCAGCCUAACGGCCAGCCUCGAUCUUUUAAUGGCUCAUACUGUCACAAGUAACGCCACAGAUAUUGCUGGAGAGGGUGAAGGAGCUGGCUCAAACUAUUUAACUUUUGCCUUAGUGCUGGCUUUCUUCUUUGUGGGCCUAACUGGAGUGGUGGUCUGCCACGUGCUAAAGAAGAAGGGCUACCGGUUCACCACCUCCCAGGCAGACGACGAAGACGACGACGAUUAUGACAAUGUGUUUAAGGAUGGUGAAGAGGAGCCUGAGCUACAAGAGCGGCAUGAGACCGUGAGUGAAAACGAAGACACAGUUGGACAUAUUAUCCAAUGCAUCAUGAAAAAUGAAGCAAACUCUGAUGCUCUGAACGCCAUGGUUCACCACACCAGCAUUGAUUCAGACAUUACAGCGUCCCCACCGCUCACCCCCAUAUCACCGGUGUCUCCUCGAGGAGCAGCCAAGCUUUCGUUCAGCGAGCCGUAUACCAGCGGCGGCGGGAGCGGCGGCGAGAACAAAUUGCCGCUGACGAAGAGGCCCUCGCAACGAAAGUCAACGAGGCGCCGUCCUAGUCAAGUCACGGUCCUCUCUGUGGGCAGGUUCCGUGUGACCAAGUGCGAUAAAUCAGGAAAGGAUCGAGCCACUGUGGACUCUGAAAGCAGCUACCAGUCGGCGUUGGCGGACGUCCCCAGCAACAGCAAAGGCCUGACACAUUCCAUUAAGGAAGAGACAGAAGACUGAGAGGAGUGAUGGAAAUUCAGUUUUCCACAUGGACAGCAGGACCAAUAUCUCGGCACUUUAGAUUUCUUUUUUUCUUCAUACUUCGGAGGGACGAACAGAUCCAGAAGGGGUCUUGUCCUAUUACUGCUCCACCGGUAGUGGAAUCUGCUGCUGAGAACCUGCUGGACAAAAGAGGAAGAACAUUUGCAUGUUUUUUUUUUUUGUUUUUUUUUUCCCCCCCUUCCUGCAGAAGAGUUCCAGCAGUGCCUGGCUCAACGGCGAGACAGCAGCCUGAUGCUAAGAGCCGAGUUUGAGCCAGGGCUUUCAGCAACUAUGGCAACACAUCAAAGUGCUCCAUGACGGAUGAAGCUGGAGGAAAGUGAUGCAGUUCCAGGAGAUCCACCGGGUCAGCGCCACGAGGGAUAUAUCAUCUCCUGUAAAACCGUUACAUGACCUCAAAGUGCUUUUUACCAUUUUUCAUCAAGGUUUUAGUUGUUUUUUUUAUUUUUUUUUUUAUCUAAUUAUAUUGUUUUUUUUUUGUGUUCUGUCUUGUCUCAAUAAAGAACUGUAAGUCAAACUAGAGGAAAAAUUGCACUUCCUUCAAAAAUGCAGUGUGAAUGCCAUAAGCUGAAUAUUUUUGGUGUAAAUAGAAAUGGGCAGAAGCAACAGAAUAAAGCAAAAGGCCUGCAAAAUGCUACUAGAGUAACUGUACAAGAGUGAAAACAUCCAUUCGAUGGAAAAGUCCCACCCAGAAUAUUAGAAAUUUGAGUAGAACACAGUUUACUAAGGUCACAACCAUUUAUUAGCUAAAAUUAGCUAAAGAGGUAAAGCUAGAUGAAAUACCAACAGCCUCUACAUUAGAACUAGCAUCUUGACCUAGAGUAACAUACUCCAUGCAGUGUGGGGGAAAAACAUAAAUGUAAUGAACAGAAACAGUUUGCACUAUUCUUUCAAAGCAAAAAUAUAGGUGAGUAUAGAUGGUAAGAACAAUUAUUUUUAGUUCUACCGCAGAGUGGCACAUAUGUUGAAAUUAGCUAAAGCUUAUGGUUCAUGGUAAUGGUUGUGGAGCGCUAGCAUGUUUCGUAACAUUAAGUUGUUCCAUCUGUAUAACAAAAGCUAAUGUUAAAUUAAAUGCUGUCAAUAACCUGCUAUCAUUAGCACGUUCUCUAAGAUUGACUAAAUUUAGUAGGUUUUCAUGAAAUGUAGUCGAAAUAAUUUUAGCUAUUGUUUUAGCCCUCGUGCUGUCACUCACAUGUUGAAUAUGCAAAUUCAUGCAAUAUGUGAAUAGAAAUGUUUUGGCUAAAAGUAUGAGAAGCAAAUCUUUAUUUGCCGAAAUGCUAACAUUAGCAAGAGAACCAUCACUACAAUACUGACAAUGUGCUCCUUACAAGCAUGGAAACUAUAGUUUGUAAGCUAAAAUGCUACCUGAACAGGUAAUUUUUAGUUUGGCCAACAUUAAUUCACUCUAUUAAGUUAAGACAUUUGCUUUUGGGUAAAAUAGCUUAAAAGCAAGGGUUGUAAGUCUACAAGCUGUCAGUAGCGUUUUAACUAGCAACUUUCAAUAUGCUAGAAUUAAGCCUUCAUAUAAAAAUCGACUAAUAUGCUAAUUUAAAAUUAGGGUUACUUUUACCCCAAGUCUCUGGGACAGUCUUCCUUUGACCCAGAGAUCUCUGGACUUCCAACAGUCAUUUUUAAAUUUGCCUUUUCCUUAUGAAACACUUAUUUAUAUUUUUAAAAGUGCAAUAGACGCAACUUUACUUGGUCUAAAGUAUUAGCUCAUAUACAAAUAGUGUUGGAAGGAGGGUCAAAAUUAGGGUUUUAAGGAGUCAUCACUCCAUCAUAAAAAAAUUAAACAUACAAAAUAAAUCUUGAAAAGCCAACAUAGAUUCGAAAUUGUUGCCCAUGUGAUGUUCUGACAGGAACUGUAAGUGUGUUUAGUAGUGAUUAUUAGUCACCAGAGAAGAUCUAUUUGUGAACCAUAAAAGUAAAAAAAACAACAACUUUUCUACCUUUAACUGUGAUAAGAAACCAUCUGAGUCAUAAUUUAAGAAGUGAGUCAUCACUCAGACUACCAUUUUCUUGCAUAUUUCUCUCUGUAAAUGUCACUUCACUUUGCCUCGUGUUUAACGCACACGUUCAGGAUGGGUUUAUCCAUCUUAAAUCUGUGGACAAAGAAGAUAAUAAAAAUAACACCCCAAAAAACACUGCAAAGAGGCAACGUUAUUCAGGAUCUGUGUCCAUUCACCUGCAGGCUACCUUUUCUCUCUGAUCUGAUGGAGCCAUCCAUCUUCAUCUUCCAUUCCGUCUCAUUUCACCCUCCACCUUCCCCACCCUCGGAGGGACUCCUCUCUUUCCCUCUCCUGCUUCGUGCUCUAAUGAAAAGAUGAUUUGUCUUACUCAUCUCGAGUAAGCCGACCUUCAGCUCUCGACCAUGUUAUUUCCAGAUAAUAGAGAUGAGGUGUGUUUGGAGCACAAGACGGAGGAUUAACAAGCCUUGACUUUUUUUUUUUUUUUCCUCUUUUGUUUUUUUGUUCCGUCUCCGUUGACCUUCUGAGGCUUGUCGGGCUCACCCACGCAACGAGCUCAUGUUCUCAGAAAAGGACGCGGGCUUUAAGACCGAAGGAUAAACACAGUGAGGAGAAAGCAGUUUAUUUGGGUCGUUAUUUGACUAAAUUAUUAACAACACGGUGGAUUGACUUUCAUGGUGGUUGACGGGGACGUUUUUGUUGUUGUUGUUUUUAGUCAGAAAGGUCACAGAAGGUGACGCCAUGGCUGUAGAUUCAAACGUCCUGUUGAAACACACUACGUUUGGUUGCAGGGUGUUGAAGCUGUCAGAAAGCUGCUUUGGACGACAGCGUGGAACAUGAGAAAAGCAGCAGAGGAGGCAGCGGCAAAUAUUGACUCCCGAUACACGCGUGUGUUUGCUUUAGCUCGCACCGGGACAUGGAACCAAAGGGCGUCCGCCUCUUCUGAGUGCGGUCUGUGAGACCACAGCGGAACAAAUCCCUCCAUUAGGCAUAUAAAAGUGUACAGGUACAGCUCUGAUCCGUCUUCUGCAGGACUUCACAGGCUGUAAAUUUAUCCCAGGCGCUGAAUUAUUCAGACCUGCAGGCCACAGGUUCCCAUGACGAUGCCAGGCUGAUCGCCCGCAUCCUGUCUCUGAUUGUGGCUGGUUGGAAGGACGACUGGAGAGGGACCAGUCCAAGCACCUAUUGUCUUCCGUCCAACUUACCAUCCUUUCUUACCAUGGUGUUUUAUCCUCCCAUCCUUUCGUCUUGCCAUUCUUUCUUCCAUGCUUCCUUUUAAUCCUUCCAUUCUUCCUUCCUUCCUUUUAUCUUGUCAUCCUUCCUUUCAACUACCCUCUUUCAUUCCUUCUUCCUUUUUUUAAUCCUUCCAUUUUUUUCUUUCAUCCAUCCUUCUUGCCAUUUUCCUUUCAUUCUUCCAUAUUUUUUUAUCUUGCCAUCCUGUUAUGUUUCUUCUCAUAACUUAACAAUAUAGACUCAACAGAACCUCAGUGGGACGUGACUUAGUUUAUUAGACAUUUUUCCCCAAGAACAUAGUGAGAUCAAUGCGCUGAUACCACAUUUGGUAUUCUUCCACAUAGAACACAAAAUAGUGCCAUUGAAUAAUGUAUUGUUUUAUCACAUACAUAACAAAUCUCUCCUUUCAACCAUCAUUCCUUUCCUUCAUCCUUCCUUCCUUUCAUGUUACCAUCCUUUCUUUCCACCUUAAUGUUUUUUCUUUCAU